AUGACUGGAGGUAGAGCGCGGUUUAGCAGUCAACUCUUGGAAAGGAUAUGGGCGUCUUCCGAGCUACCGCAAACAGCGGUCUCUCUCCGACAAAUGUGCCAAUUUGGGGCACAUCCAAAUCCUGGGGUUAUGUUCAAAGCUUCAUGCUUUAUUCUACAAGAACUGCCGAUUAGAUUGGCAUAUAGGAUCAGAGAACUUGAGAGCCUUCCUAAUGGGCUUGACAAAAUAUCGGAUGUGAUUGAGGUCCGCAACUGGUACACACAGUCAUUCAAGGAGUUGCAUGAUUUUAGUCAUGAUAUCUCGACAAAGCAUGGUAUGCUGUUCCAGAUGUUGAAUGAAGAGCUGGAGCCUCAAAGUUUCGAGGAGAAAUCUACUUUGCACAACUUGAAAAGGCUUCUUUAUAAAGACAAAGAGCUGGACCAUGAAAAAAAGGAUAUUAAUACGUCAUUACAGCGUGACAGAACAUUCAUAGAUGAUGGUUUAAUCGUGCCGCAUGUGCAUAGUGGGAAAAGGAUCCACAGUGGGUUAGAAAAGAGAUCAAGGAUAUCAGAUAAGUAUUAUUCGGCAUUACCAGCAAUAACCAUGGAGCAAUGGAGUAGUAAUUCGAAAGACUUUUAUCAAUUUUGGCCGAAGGAAAUACUCUUGUUCAAUUCAGAAUUUUACAGAGUUUUACAGGAUAUAAAAGUGAGACACGAUGCUACUGUUGUUACCUUAGCCAAAGGCGUUCUCAAAUGGAAGACAACUUGCCAGCAAAAUAUUGUUAAUGAUUCAGUGCAAAGCUUCUUGGACCGUUUCUACCUUAGCAGAAUCGGUAUACGUAUGCUCAUCGGACAACAUUUGGAGCUAUUGAAGUCCUCUCUGAAAUCGCACAAUAUGAACGGAAACGCAAAUGUAGGAACUGAUGAAGAGGAAGAAGACUAUGUUGGCAUCAUUUGUACAAAGACGAAUAUCAGUGACGUUGCUCAGGAUGCAAUUGAUUCUGCCAGAUUCAUUUGCAGCGAGCACUACGGACUUUAUGAUGCUCCGAAAGUUAAUCUUCUGUGUUUCCCUCUAGGCAGGGAUAAAUGUUUGAGCAAAGAUAUUGAAUUUAUGUAUGUACCAGGCCAUCUGAUUCAUAUGCUUGUUGAAACUUUGAAAAAUGCGCUCAGAGCAACUGUUGAGAAAACGGUCUGUGAGAAUCCCAAUAAAGAAUUAUAUGAUCUCAAAUUUCCCGAAGUUAAAAUCAUCAUUAGUGAGGGGCUGGAGGACAUCACAGUGAAAAUCAGCGACGAAGGUGGAGGCAUAGCCAGAUCGAGCUUACCACUUAUUUGGACCUACUUGUAUACGACAAUGCCAAAUGAUAGUCAGCGGGAGCUUAUAGAGGAGAACUCAGAACUGAAUGGCUCGUCUGCGCUGCAACCUUUGACGGUCCCAAUGGCUGGAUUUGGAUAUGGGCUGGCGUUGAGUAGAUUAUACGCAAGAUACUUCGGCGGUGAUUUGAAACUAAUCUCCAUGGAGGGCUUUGGUACUGAUGUAUACCUGCAUUUAAACAGAUUGAGCACAAGUAGCGAACCGCUGCCAUAA